AUGGCACUAAAAGCCCGCUGUGAGCACAACAUUGGAGAGCAAGUGGAAAUUGGUUAUAGGGAAAUUGGAAAAUUAGCGUGCUGGGCCGCGAGUGCUGGGAUUAAAGUUUUAAGUAUCUACGAGCCGGAAGGUAAGCUCAAGAGAAUCGUUCAACAAUUGCAGCACCAUGUUGAUGCCGAAGCGAGACGGUUCUUUGCAAGAGAGGGGAACAUACCAAUACUACGGGUUUCUGUCGUAUAUAAUAGCUCGUCGAUGGAAGACAUACAAGCAGAUCUCCAAAUAAUACUAUUAUCUCGAUCAGACGGCCGUGGACGUAUAGUUGAAGUGACAAAGUCACUAGCAUCCGAGACAUUACAAGGCAACCUUCAAAGUGACGCUAUAGACGUCGAGAGGAUUGAUCAGGCUUUCAGUGAUUCUCAUUUUACUGAACCACAGCAGUUGAUCAUGUUUUCUCCAGAGAUUGAUUUGCAAGGUUUUCCUCCAUGGCAGUUGAGAUUAACAGAAAUCUUUCAUGUCGCUGGCAACAAGCAUUUUGACUAUUCAGUUUUCCGAAAAGCAUUAAUUAAAUAUGCAAAAAUAGACAAAAGAUUUGGACGAUAA